CUGACAACACUCGGCAAACGCUCGAGCAAUGGAACGAAGAAGGCAAGGAAGCAUACUUCAUCAUAGCAUACCGCACACUCACAGACGCAAAACUUGUUGAAAGCUCACAAAGUCGGGGCAGCGAAGCCAAUAUCCAAAUGUCUGUAGCAGCGCUUGCUGGCAUGGGUGCGCCAGGGGGCGGGGCCUCUGAUGUGGGCGUAACCGCAGCGCAUGAAGGGAGACAAGAGAGGGGUGAGCACGUCAUCUGCGAGGGGGAGCGAGUCUAUGCUGUUUGUUGUCGCAAGGUGAAGCUGGAACUAAUUGAUGGAUUUGUGGACGAUGCUUGCCUUGCAAGCAAAGAUGUCUGGGUAUCUUACUAUCCUGCGAGGGCUGUCAAAGAGGGGGUCAGUCUUACGCAAGUGGUUAUCGACGACAAGGAGGAUGUGGAGAAUUCAAGCGAAGUCAAGGAAGUCUUGAAGUCUUGUGAGGGAGACAUCUUUGAAACCUUACAUAGUGACGGAGGGGAAAAAGAAGAUUAGUACAUCCUGUCUAGUGAGCGUUAACUAAUCUAAAUUCCGGCAUUAGUAAUCGAGCUUCGUCUUGGAUGCCGCA